AUGGCCGCCAUCUACCCCAUCAUGCUACAGGCAUCCCUAACCUGGCCUGAGGGAACUUCAGGGAUGGCUGAGGCCGGUGGGGAAGAAGGAGGUGGCUUGCCCCAGGUGAAGGGCUGUGCCAAGGCGUCCUCUUUGAAAGCCCAUACUGGAACUCCUAACUGGAGCUCCGAACUGCGGCUAUUGAUAAUAACCCCUUCUCCUUCCCUGCCCUCCCUCCACGUACGGAUUUACCGAUACCCCCACCCCCACCCCCAGCGCCCUGAUCCGGCUGAACAAAGGGCAGUGCCGGCACAGAGGAGCCACAGCGGUCAUGGAGCGGAGGCGGCGCGCGGAGCCCGCCGUCAGCCUCGUUCGCGGCUGCGGGACUACCCCGGGGAAAGCCCCCGUCCGGCCCCGCCCCGGACCCGCGAAUCGGCCUCCCAGUGGCUGCUGGCCGCGGCUACCUGCGGGCCGGUGAGCCCGGAGGCUCCGGGAGGUCGGACCUGGCCUUGCCAAGCAGGCAGCGCUGGAGCUGGCCUGGCGGGGGCCGGGCCGUGGGUCCCCCUGCUGCUGGGCCUGCUGCAGUCCACUCUAGGGAAGCCCCUUCUCCCCCCUCCCCAGAACGUGACGCUGCUCUCCCGGGACUUCGGUGUGUACCUGACAUGGCUCCCAGGGCCUGGCUACUCCCAGAAUGUGACCUAUUUUGUGGCCUAUCAAAGCGCUGCAACCCCCAGACGGUGGAGAAAAGUGCAGAAGUGCAAAGGAACCAAAGAGCUGGUAUGUUCUUUGAUGUGCCUGGAGAAGCAGGACCUGUACAACAAGUUCAAGGGGCGCGUAUGGGCGGCUUCUGCCAACGCCAGGUCCCCCAUGGUGGAGUCCAAGUACCUGGAUUACCUUUUUGAAGUGGAGCCAGCCCCACCCACCCUGGUAGUCACUCGGACAGAGGAGGUCCUGAGCAUCAAUGCCACUUAUGAGCUGCCCCACUGCAUGCCCCGACCGGAUCUGAAGUAUGAGGUGGAUUUCUGGAAGGAAGGAAUCCAGAACAAGACGCGAUUCCCAGUCACCCCCCAUGGCCAGCCAGUGCAGAUCCCCCUGCAGCCGGCCGCCAGCGGCCACUACUGCUUCAGCGCCAGGACCAUCUACACCUUUGGUGAUCCUAAAUACAGCGAGUUCUCCAAGCCCACCUGCUUCUUCCUGGAUGCCCCCGGAGCCAACUGGGCAUUCCUGGUGCUGCUACCACUUCUGCUUCCCCUGCUGUUGGUCAUUGCCAUAGGCUUUGUGAUCUGGAAGAGCUUCAGAGAGAACCCCUGGUUUCAGCGGGCAAAGAUGCCAUGGGCCCUGGACUUUUCUGGAAACAGAUACCCCGUGGCAACCCUUCAUCCCAGUGGUCCUGAGCCCCUGGAUACCUUGACCCUCUGUCCCCAAAAGGAACUGACCGGAAGGGUCCGGCCAAGCCCCAGAGUCAGGACCCCAGCCACCAUCCAGGCCGGACCAGAGAAGAACAGUGCUGAGGAGGACGACGAUGAGGAGGACGCAGAUGCCAAUGUCAACUUUCAGCCCUACCUUGAACCACCCUCCUUCCUAGGGCAGGAGCACCAGAUCCCGGGAAACUCUGAGGCAGGGGACACCUGGAGCCCUCCUGUCCAGGUCGAAGGCUGGUCUGCUACCGAUGCUUCAGACAGAAGCUGGGCCAGCGCGGGGGGCUCCUCCCCGUGGGAUGAGUCUGAGUCCUCUUGCUAUUUGGCCAAGAAGAUGCCAGGCCAAGGGCCAGGUGGGGAUGGGUGUCAGGAGACCCUCCCACUGCCUGACUUCUCCAAGGACUUGAGUUUCCUGGAAGAUCCCCGGGAAGAUGACCUCUCCUCCUGGGCCAGCUGGGGCUCUUUAUCACCAGGGCUGGAUCUGCUCCCUGGGGAGCCCCCAGUUUCUCUCCGCACACUGACCUUUUGCUGGGACAGCAACCCUGAAGAGGAAGAGGAGGAGGAGGACGACGAAGAAGAAAGUGAAGAUGGAGGAGGAAGGGAAUCAGAAAUUGAGGAUGACAGUCCUGGCAGCUGGGGGGCCGGGCGCCUACAGAAGACUGAGGUCAGAGGUCGGACCCUGGGACAUUACAUGGCCAGGUGAGCCAUUCCCCAGCUCCGCCCCCCACCACAUCUGGUGCCACUGAGCUUUCCUAGGACCGAGAUGCCACUGAGACUUGAGAGUCUGGGAGCAUCACUGCUGAGGACAUGGAGGGCUCUUGAAGCAUUUUGGAAACCCCAGGGUUGUCGUCAAUUGCCUUGAGCAGUAAGAAGCCACCGCAUCGUCUUUGACUCACCAGCUUUGGGCUGAGCUGCGGGAGGGGUGGAGACAAGAAUGGGCUGAGGUCAGAGGUUGGUUGGGUGUUCGUAUCACCCCCACUGCCUUUGGAGUGACAGGCCAGUUAGGAGAAUCAUCCCUGAAUAGCAUGAAACUGGUCAAGUCAGGUCACAGUGGACACCAGAGGCUGUCCUGACACCACAUGGGGCCACCUGGAUCUGGGGGGAGGGAAAUGGGAGCACAUCUUUGUCACUGUCAUGGCUUUCUCUGGCACCUGCCGAGCUCCCCCACCCGCAGGUCUCAGCCUCCUAGUUCAUGCAUUGUCUUGGGUGGGCCCCAGUAAAGAAAGAUCUAGUAAGCAGCGGAUGUUGGAGAGGAAGGGAGAGGUUAGUCAUUAUUCAAAUCCCAGCCUCUGACUCAUGGAAUUGCAUACCUUUUAUGAUCAGAUGACCUGGAUUCAAAUCCCAGCUCUGAUGUUUACCAGUCAUGGGACCUUGGGUAACCCACCUUCCUUCACUCUACCUGGGUUUUCUCACCCGUUGCUGAGGGUCCCAAGAGAGAGACGUGUAGUAUGGUGCCUGGCACAUCGCUGGUACUCUCUGCAUGGUGGCUGGUGGGCUUCUCCAUCCUCCCAGGCUCUGAGAAGACUCCUGGGCACCUCCCACCUGUGACCCCUAAACUCUGAGCAACUAACAUUCACCUUUUAGCGGGUCUCACCUCCGAUCUACCUCCUGCCUUCUACCCUAACUUCCUCUCUCCUCGUGGUCAGGAAACUGCACUCUCAGAAGCCAGAGCCCAGCCAAGAGGGACCCUGACCCUUCUCCCCUUUCCCGGAAAAGAAGGAACCAAAUGAUCACCUUCCAGGGUUCUGCUUUGUUGGGGUUGCGGUCGCAACCCGGCAGAGAAUUGGACUCCUGGGCUGUGAUCCCUGUCUUUGACAGCACUUUAGUCAGACUUCUUAAUUAUAAAGAAGUCCCAUUUUCCCUUCUAGUUGUAGAAGUUGCUAGAAGAUUCUAGAAGAUGCUAGAAGAAUCCAACAUCUUCUAGCAGCGAGUAUGUUAAAGGUGAGGAAGAAGCAGUAAAGCAUCCCCCAAACUGAAAGGGCACUUCGAGACCAGGAGAUGAAGGAGGCCGCUGCAUAGAGUUUAUGCACAGUUUUAUUCAGGGUAACUCACUGACGGGGGGAUUGGGUGGAGGGUAAUCCGUGCAGAGGCAUAGUUACUGUGUGCAAAAUCCAGGCCUCAGUCCGCAGGUAUAAUAGAGCCAGGGGACAUUCAGAAGGGCUUUGUGGUGAGAUCAGAGGGUUUGCACACACAGAGGGCUGGAGCACACCUCCUUGACAGCUAAUUUAUCAUUAGAUCCUCUGGCAUCACCUGUACAUCAGGAAGGGGGAAAUCUAUGUUAUCUCUAAAAUAUUCAUGGGAGGCCAAAACAAGCCUCCCACCCUCAUCCCGGCCCUGGUGGGCAUUUCUAAAGUAUGUAUAUGAAUCUCCAAGAGCCCAGAACACAUAACCUCAAGAGAGGUCAUGGAGCGAAUGUGAACAAGACGGAGGGCCAAAGAUGGAGUCGGUAUGGUCAGCGCCCCUAUAAGGGGACUCUCCUUACCUGGGGGGUGGUGCUGGGUGUUCUCAAGCCACUGCCUUGGGUACCCAUCCCCACCAGCAUAUGGGCAAGCAGAGCUGAGUCUGUACCCACAGGGACCACGAUUUUUGUCAUUUUGUGGCUGGGCUUGGAACUAUCAUGGUUCUGUGACCUUGGCCCCACCAUUUAACUGCCAGGACUUACAUUUCUCCAUUUCCGAAGAAGGCGUCUUAUAGCCAUUUUCCCCAUGGAGCUGUGUUGUUUGGAAGGCAAUAUGAAAGUUGACCGUUAAAUGAAAGAUCGAGAAAAGAGCAUCUGCUCCAGGGCAUCCUCCAGGGCUUCUCAAGCCAUGUUCCCAAACAGUUCUGGGUUUCAUGGAGGGAGUCCCAGUCAUAGGGGGAACCAUGGGCCAUAGGAUCCCCCACUUCAACCAGAGCGGCCUCCCUGAGCCCUAAUGUACCCCCAUGGCAUUCCAUGUGAGGGUGUUUAGGGGGUUCCAUGGCUUAAGAAGUCAGCAAACCACUUUUUUUUUUUAAGAUUUUAUGUAUUUAUUUGAGAGAAAGACCGCAAGUAAGCUGAGGGGCAGAGGGAGAAGCAGACUCCCCAUGGAGCAGGGAGCCCCAUGUGGGAUUCGAUGCUGGGACUCCAGGAUCAUGACCUGAGCCAAAGGCAGAUGCUUUACCGCUGAGCCACCCAGGUCCCCAGCAAACCACUUUUUUAAUUGAAUACCUGUCUUUUGUUUCAAACAAAUGUCAACUCACUAUGCAUGUUCAUAAGGGUGAGAUGUCUGGUCUCUGGCCAACUAGGUCAACCCGUGUGCCCUUGCCAUGUCAACAAAGUGCGGGGAUCCUCAGCAAGGAUUUCCAGGAGCACAAAGCUGGCAAGAGGCCUUCACCACGGCUGGGACUCACACAUCCAUGCACACACACGCACACAGGCAGACACACACGUGUGUAUGUCCGCGGGAGCUGAGGCUUGUCCGCGUCCCUAAGCACAGAGAAGAAGAAGGGCGUCUGGGACCCAGCUGAGCUGCUGCAUGGAAGUAAUUUCGAAAAACUAAAAGCUCUCAUGACUAUUGUCUUAGAUCUCUGUGAAGGAACCACUCUAUCUCUUUUCUUAAACCUUGUUAUUUUUUUAAGCAUUGCUUUCAAAAUUUCAUUUCUGAGAGAGGCUGAGUUUUUUAGUAAUUCUCAAUGCCAGCUCUUCUAUCAUCAUUAAGUCAUUAACAAAAAGCCACGGGAAGCAUUAGGAAAGAGCGCAAUGUUUAAUGUUAUAAUUUGUCAGGUGCGCUCAGCCCUUAACUGUUUACAGAGCCCUCUCCUGCACCCGGUAGGGGGUGCCUAGCAUGAGCUCUGGGGCCAGCUGGAUGGAUCGGUGGGGGAUACCCUAGGCUAAAGCCACACUGUGAUUCUUUAGUGCCCUGAGAUUAUGCACUGUUUUUAGGUAUUUGUAUCCAUGUCUAAUUUUGUUCUGUGUUGAUAUCGUAUUUAAAUAAUUUCUUAAUGGUCUUGGGCAUUUACCCUAAACUGUUCUAAAUAAAAAGCUCUAUUUUUAGAGAAAAUGGCAGGAUUGCAUGGA